AUGUCGUACUUCCAGAAGCAGAUAAACUCCUUUAGCAAUAAUGUUGUCUCUGUUGCCAGCAGGCUCCCUCAGGACCGGAGAUCGGCUAUUGCGAACAACGCUGUCUCUACGCCACAGCCAGCGUCAACGGCCUCUACGCCUGCCGCUCAAACUCCAAGACGCCAUGAUGCAGAUAUCGUCUAUUCGCAGCCCGCCAACACGGGGACGGGGAGAGAUAUCAUGACACAGGUGUUCUUUGCCAUAGAGCAUAUGAAGGCCAAGAAUGUUCCGCUGAAGUUCGCGGAUAUCGAAUCGUACUUGUCUCUCUCGAGGCAGGGUCAUGACAUGGGAUACAUCCACGCCUUGAGACGGAUUCUGCAAUCGCACGAUAAAGUCGAGUUCGAUCCGUCCGGUGCCAACGGCGAAGGAACUUUCCGGUUCCGCCCCCCGCAUAACAUUCGAUCAGCAGACCAGCUCCUGCGCCAUCUCCAGUCCCAGAAGACGGCGCAAGGGAUGAGCGUCAAGGACUUGCGAGAAGGCUGGCCAAAUAUCGUUGAAACGAUCAACAGUCUUGAAAAGGAAGGGAAGCUGCUUGUGACGAGGAAUAAGAAGGACAACCAUCCAAAGAUGAUUUGGGCAAAUGAUCCUUCCCUCUCGCAGAAGUUCGACCCUGAGUUUUGCCAAAUCUGGGAAAAGGUCAAGAUUCCCGACCAUCAGACUGUGAUGGAGGAGCUUGAGAAGGCUGGAAUAACGCCUACCAGCAAGCACAAAGCUGUCAAAUCUAGGCCGAAGAUAGAGCAGAAGAAAGUCAAGAAAGCGCGCAGGAGCGGCAAGACUACAAACACGCACAUGGCCGGUGUUCUCAGAGAUUAUUCGCAUCUUAAGAGAUAG